GUUUGCCUCUCCUGUCUCUUUAUAAACCCUCUCCUCCACCACCAUAAACCCAAAACAAAUCCCCAUUUCCUCCUCUCACUCAUGGAGACUCCCACGAUGAAGCCCGACACAGUCCUCAUCCUCGACUUCGGCUCCCAAUACACCCACCUCAUCACCCGCCGCAUCCGCUCCCUCAACGUCUUCUCCCUCGUCCUCAGCGGCACCUCCUCCCUCACUCAAAUCUCCUCCCACAACCCCCGCGUCGUCAUCCUCUCCGGCGGCCCCCACUCCGUCCACGCCCCCGACGCCCCGAGCUUCCCCGACGGGUUCGUCGAGUGGGCUGCAGGGAACGGUGUUCACGUUCUGGGGAUUUGCUACGGGUUGCAGCUGAUUGUGCAGAGGCUCGGGGGUGUGGUUGUGGAGGGGGAGAGUAAGGAGUAUGGGAAGAUGGAGAUUGAGGUGAAGCGUGAAAGUGAGGUUUUUGGGAAGGGGAGGGUUGGGGAGAAGCAGGUGGUUUGGAUGAGUCAUGGUGAUGAGGCUGUUAAGCUUCCUCAUGGGUUUGAGGUUGUUGCCCAGAGUGCUCAGGGUGCUGUUGCUGCUUUGGAGAAUCGGGAGAGGAGGAUUUAUGGUUUGCAGUAUCAUCCUGAGGUGACGCAUUCACCAAAAGGAAUGGAGACACUUAAGCAUUUUCUUUUUGAUGUGUGUGGGGUAUCUGCGGACUGGAAGAUGGAGGAUCUGAUGGAAGAAGAGAUCAAAGUGAUUAACAAAACCGUCGCAGCUGAUGAACAUGUCAUCUGCGCUUUGUCAGGAGGUGUGGACUCUACCGUUGCUGCAACUCUUGUUCACAAGGCUAUUGGAGAUAGGCUUCAUUGCAUCUUUGUUGAUAAUGGGCUAUUGAGGUAUAAGGAGCAAGAACGUGUGAUGGAUACAUUUGAGAGAGACUUGCAUCUACCUGUUACUUGUGUAGACGCAUCUGAGCAGUUUCUGAGUCAACUCAAAGGCGUAGUGGAUCCAGAGGCCAAGAGGAAGAUAAUCGGAAAGGAGUUUAUCAACAUUUUCGAUGAGUUUGCCAAGGAGCUAGAGAAGAAGCAUGGGAAGAAACCCGCUUUUCUAGUUCAAGGGACUCUGUACCCUGACGUGAUUGAGUCGUGCCCUCCCCCAGGUACUGACAGGACACAUUCUCACACCAUCAAGAGUCAUCAUAACGUAGGAGGGCUCCCUAAAGACAUGAAACUCAAGCUCAUUGAACCACUCAAGCUUCUCUUCAAGGACGAGGUCCGUGAGAUGGGAAGAAUCUUGAAUGUUCCUGUAGGAUUCUUGAAGCGUCACCCGUUCCCUGGUCCAGGGCUCGCAGUUAGAGUCUUGGGGGAUGUUACUCAAGGAAACGCCCUUGAGGUUCUUCGUCAGGUUGAUGAGAUAUUCAUCCAAUCAAUCAGAGACGCGGGUCUCUAUGAUUCGAUCUGGCAAGCUUUUGCAGUGUUCUUGCCUGUAAGAUCAGUUGGAGUCCAAGGUGACAAGAGAACACAUUCUCAUGUGGUUGCUCUUCGCGCAGUUACAAGCCAAGAUGGAAUGACUGCAGACUGGUUCAAUUUUGAGCACAAGUUUCUGGAUGAUGUCUCCCGGAAAAUCUGUAACAGUGUCCAAGGAGUAAACCGUGUGGUUCAAGACAUUACAUCAAAGCCUCCUUCAACGAUCGAAUGGGAAUAAAAGAAUCAGAUCAAUUGGGUUGUUUGGUUUAUGGAUAUCCACAAUUUUUAGACCAUUUUAUAAAAGAUUGUUGUGGUCAUCAUCUAAAAUUGAUGCUUAUUACUAUUAUGAGCAGAAUAUAGUUUUCUCAUAAAAUAUUUAUUGAUCUAAAA